AUGUAUUACGUUGGCAACGUUCAGCUGGACUCUGCCGGGCAAGCUGGCCUCUACAGGGUCUGCUACUGCAAGCACUCGGAGAUGGGGCCCUGUGAUGAUGCCGUCGCCUUUGCGCAGUAUGCCGGCACCCUGAACAUUACCGGGGAGAUCCGCCGCGAUGACUCCACGCAAUUGCAUCAAAGCUGUUUGUCCAACAGCCCCUGCAAAUUCAAUGUGACGGGAGUCUGGGCCAUGCAGCUGAGCUUCUACGACUCUUUCAAAGCCGUUCCUCUCGAUAGAGAAUGCGGAGAGGUCAUGGAUUCCUCCAGUCACCCAGAGUUCAGCUUGCUACGCAGGAUGGAGCUUCUUGACUCCUGGGCCAGCGAAUUUGCACAUAGGGCUGGUGUGGAGACGCUCUUUGGUGCCGGUGACUACAGGCUUUGCUAUUGCCAAGCUUCCAUGACGAGUGACGGAAGGUGUGAUGCUUCCGUGGAGCACACUCACGAGAUUGGCAGUCUGUACAUGGUUGGGGCACUGUCAACUAUGGAAUGGUCGUGUCGACAGGGCGCAGACUGUGGGAUCUUGGUCCAUGGCUGGCGCGUCGCCAGGGGCGAUGCAAUUCGGCUGGUGCCGCUUUCCUUCUCCUGCGGAGAUCCGGAUCCGUUGGAUACAUAUCUGGGAGCAGGCUUUGAUCACAACCCAGCGGUCGCGAAUCGGACGGACAACCUCACAAGGGGGGUACUCCUCCACUUCGAUCUCGGCAAAUCACGGGGCUCCGGAACGUGGCGAGUUUGUGUGGCAGCAGUGGCCAAGAGCGGAGAUGGGUGCAUGUAUGCAGGGGACUAUGCCCAACCGGCGGUAUUCCCAGAUCUUAACCAGUCGUCGCAGCCUGCCACGGUGGCCAUCGCGUCAAUACUGGUUGAGGUCAUUGUACCGGGUGGUCCUCAGAGUGUGGCGUGUGCGGCUUCAAACCAGACGCUCGACCAGGCUCCAUCAAGCUUCGCGAUUCUGAAUUGCAAGAACAGCAUACCGGGCUGCCUGGGCCUCGCAAUUCUUCCCUGGCGCGCAGAGGAGGGCUUCAAUGUGCUCCACCUGCCCUUUGCCGAGAAUGCGCUCUUGGAGCCAGGCGUAGCCGCACGAACUGCUCAUGUCUGGUGCACCGGGGACAUUGCGCUCUGCCCAACCGGUCGCUGCGUGCUUCCACCCACACCCGAAGGGCGCUUGAUUCCUUUGGAUCCUGGUCCCGAUCGUUGGACCAGCGUGCCUGCCACAAUCUACGAGCCUUUGGACCUCAAGGUCCAUGGAGAUCCGCUCAAUGCCAAUGGUGGCUACCUGAAGAUCGUGUGGCCACACGAUGGCUGUCCGGAGGUUGGCCAGCCCUGGGCGGAUGCUAUCGUCUCUCCGUUCGACAUGGGGCGCCCGGUCAUUGCGGCCGUGGGAAGAUACGUGCAGUGGAGACGUGAAUCACUUCCGUUUGCAGGGACGUUCUGGCUUUGCUGGUGUGAUCGCUCGUAUGGCGCUGACUGUGCGCUCUGGCAGCACGUCGGUGAGUUGGUCGUUGCCGGCCCGACAAACGUGACGAGGAUCCCGGAAUUCGUGGAGCUGCUAGAGGCCUUCAACGUCACUCUCUCCGGGGUCAACCUCUCCGACCAGGAGAGGCUCUCGGUGCAGCCGGGCCAAAGCUGCAGCGAGGACGUAGAGCUCUUCAGCCCGGAAAGGGUCUAUGCCAACACCUCCAAGGCAGACUUUGAAGUACAAGCGCCCCGAUACCCUGGGCCAUUCUCCAUAUGCUGGACACGAGGCAACAUCUCUUCUGGGUCGAUGAAGCUGGCCAACGGCUUCGCCAGAGAGUCGAGGGACUGUUUGCUUGGAGGUUGGGAGUCCGCACCUGCUGACGAGCUCUUUCGAUUUCCAACAGGCGACUUCGGGCAGUUCGCAUGCAGCCGGGCCUGUGGGGGCGGGCUCUUCGAGCUUCGCCGUCGCAUCCUGGCGGAGGCUAUUGGUGCUGGCUCCGAGUGUCCACCGUCUGACAGCCCGCUUCGCAGCCGCUUCGCAUCGUGCAACGAGGAGCCCUGCCCCACAGGCGAAGUCUUCAGCGCACGCACCCACCCCGAGUGGGUGAAGCCAGGUGAUGUGUUCCAGAUCCUCGUGGAGGGCGCAUACCUCGACCCACUGGAGGAUAGGGUGGUCCUGCUCACUGGAGGGGAAGAUGCCGAGUGUGGCCAGGUCUCCAACGAGGGCCCCGCAGAGGGAGGUGCCGCAAAUGCCUCGGAGAAUGGCACUGACACAGUGGCGAUUGACCAGAUUCGAGUGUUGCGUGGUGGAGGUGCAUCGUGCAGGCAGCCGAGCAGCAACAGCACUCACUUAGAAUGUGGCGACGGCCUUGCCAGCCUGACGAUUCCGAUAGCUGGCACCUUUCGCAUCUGCAUCUGCGAUGCGUCCGAAGUGGAUCCCGGCUUCAGCAAUGUCUCAGGUUCGCUGGUCGCAACCCGGGAACGCUGCAGCCAACUGGAAGACUUCUGGCUCACCCCAGGCAACGGCUCCCUCCUGGAGAUCACCGAGUCCCAGUCGGUGGCAGAGGAGCCGAAAAGCGGGCUGGAUGCUGCGCUGGCAGAUCUUAUGGAUGACCAUAGGAGUGGCAGGGCUGAUCUUGUCUUCAUUUUGGGUCUUAUUGCAGCAUCGAUUCUGUACUGUCUCGCGAUCUUCUGCGCCUGCUGGUUCUGGCGCUACAGGUGGCGCAAGCGGGCUGCAUGGAGAAGGCUUGCCCCCAAUCUCUUCGCCAACUCAUUGGUGGCCAAAGCGACCAGAGCAGCAUGGGAGGCCUACACACGCACUAUCACGGAACAGGCUCAAAUUACGUCGGGCUUGGAGGAAGAACCCGACCUGAAAGAUGGCCAGGGGUUGGGGACCACGCCCCACCAGAUCGAUGAUGUCCUGCAGGGCACGCUGACGCCGCCGGGAACGGGCUACUCAUUGAAGAGCGCAUCCUCCAUUUACAGCGGCUCGACCAGCAGCACACGCUCCACCACACCAGGAAAUCAUCCCUCGUUGCUCAAGGUGUCGCUGAACAGGGAUCCGAGCUGCCCAUUCUCACCGAAGCAGGCAGGUGGCUCCUUCUUGGAUCUUCCACUCGCAGGACGAGGUAGCCGACCCGGCACGAGUCCGACCCGUCCAAACUCUGGUGCUACGACACUUCGAAUUGUUGAAGAGACCAGCCCAGGCCCCACAGCGGUGGAGCAGGCAGGGGAGGCGUCGCCUCUCAGCCCUUCGGGAGGAGAGAGGACGCCCCCGGAUGCUGAGGAGACCUCCCCUCCGAGUGCCCCUUCAAGGACCCUGGAGCUGCAGUUGCCGGGCUUGGAGAAGAAGCUGGCGAAGCUGAAGCGCCUCAAGGAGGAGUAUUCGGAAAGUUCGUCUUCUUCGGACGCGAGCCCUGUGCGCGAGGCUCCGAAGGGACUGGUCCCGGUUCCGCCCAACAUGGCGCCACCUACACUGCCAGGCCAGCUUGCAUCCGCUCCGCAGCCUGCAGGGGAACCAGCGGCUGUGCCAGAGGCACCUCCGACAUCUGCUUUGGAAGAUUCACCUCGCAGCAUCAGUAGGCGUGGCUCCGAGCGAAUCUCCCAGACCAUCCGAGGUCCCUCCGGCUCCAGUGAAACAAGUGCCGUCGUUGUCCAUGCUGAAGCAGCUUCCCCCGCCCCCGCCUCUGAAGUCAAAGAAGUUGCAGGAAAGCUCACCUGCAGCGGAUGUCAGCCCUGCAUGCGAGGCUUCGGCCAAGGCUCCGGCUCCCACUCCGCCAAGCAAGGUGCCAUGCAGCCCGCCAGGCCAGCUCCAAUCUGCUGCGGAGCCUCUGCAGGAACCGGCGGUCCCAGAGGCACCGAAGAUUCAGACACCCCCAAGUGCUUCGAGCCCGACGGCGGUGAAGCAGGUCCCACUUCUGCCUCUGCAAGCGACGCUUCCUCGCAGCCCACCUGGAGAGAAGGCGCCAGAUGCAGUGGAGGAAGCCUCCCCUCCUCCUGCCCUGUCGAGGCAGAGGACGCCGGAGGUGCCAGCCAGCACGGAAAAGGUGAGGCCGAAAGAGACAGAGGAAAGCUCGCCUGCGGCCAGCCCUCCGCGGGAGGCAGAGGGUCCAUUCUGGAGACCCUCUUUUCUGCUGAAGAGCAAGGGGCCCAAGGCCAGGCCCAAUGCUUUUGCAAGGCUUGUAGCACAGCCGCCCCCCCCAUAUCCUUGGAAUUCCUUAAGGAAGCCAGCUCUGUGUGGCGUUUCCGGAUGUCUCUUUCUCGACUUUUUAGGACUUCCGGCCCGCGGGCUUUGUUCCUGGAUUUCCGAGCACUGCACUCUGCCAAUCGGCCAGUGCCUAUCGUUUUGUCUCUUCGUUGA